AUGUUACCCUGGUCGACAACGCCCACCAGCUUGCGUAAACACAUGCGCCGUACCACGGACUACUCGUCGGAUGAGCCAGACUCGAGUCAACUCUCGCAACGUUCAGAUAUCCACCGGCCAGAUCGAGAAGGAAGGGUCUACACGAAGAUCGAUAGCCUAAACGCUCAAAAGAACAUAGUAAACGCUCUCAUAGUUGACUUUGAUGAUUUGUCUGAUGCACCGAACGGACCCUACGCUCAGGAGUUGUGA